GCCAAGGUGAACCCGGCGGAGCUGCUGCCGGUAGUACAUUGCCUCAGCUUCGGGCCGCAGGCGGCAGCCGGAGGGUGCUGCCUGCUGCAGCUGGAGCCGGGCCUCUGCGCAGAGAUCGAGGCGGGAUGCAGCUGGAACUGUUGAGGUCGGGUGGAUGGCAGGGUGCCUGUGAGAGAAACAGCAAAAGAUGUACAGUGUUAGCAUAGGCGUUUCAUGGGGUGAUUGCCUGGCAUCUAACUCUGGACUAGAGCAGAUUCUAGCCUAGUAAUCCGUGGUGAAAAGGAUGAAAAAGCAGUGUUGUGCAGCAAAGAUAAAACCUAUGACAUGAAAAUAGCAGAUACCUCAAAUAUGCUGCUGUUUGUUCCUGGUUGCAAAACUCCAGAACAGCUGAAUGCAGAUCAAGCAUCUUGUAAUAUUAUUCAUUCACAGAUUGCUGGUUUCUCCAAUAACUAUUGGGAAUUAAGGAGAUGCCGACCAAAACUGAAGAAACUGAGAAAGCUUUUAAUGGAAGAUCCCUAUGGAGGGCCAGAUAGUCAGAAGGAUCAGGCUUCGACAUUUUCAAAGUAUACAACAGAAGAUUUGUUAAGUCUGAUUCAAGCAAGCGAAGAAGAAAUACUGCACCAUUUGCAGGUGAUAGAUGCCUGCAAAAUUGAAGGAUAUUGGAGAAUUCUGGAAUUUGACUAUGAGAUGAAACUCUUGAAUCAUGUGAUUCAGCUAAUAGACUCAGAGUCCUGGUCUUUAAAGAAGGUUCCUUUACGUACCUGCCUUGAGGAACUUGGAUCUCUAGAGCCCACAUCGAUGAUAGAACACCUUCUUCUAAGCUAUGGAAGGAGAUAUUUUGACGAUGCAGGGGAGGUUUACUUUGAGAUGCAUGAAGAUAAAAUAUGCAGAGCUAUAGCACAAAUGCUUUUGCAAAAUGCAGUUAAAUUCAAUUUAUCAGAGUUUCAAGAAGUCUGGCAACAAAGUGUCCCUGAAGGGAUGACAACAAGGCUUGAUCAGCUUCAGGGCUUGGCUCUUGUGGAUAGAAGCUCAAGACCAGAGACCAUCUUCCUGCUAAAAGUAGAAGACUUACCUGAAGGAAAUCAGGAAAGAUUCAACAGCUUGUUCAGCAUACGGGAAAAGUGGACAGAACCGGAUAUUACCCCUUAUAUACAAGACUUGUGUGCGGAGAAGCAGACCGCUGGGGUUCUUCUGACAAAAUAUGCUCGUUGCUCAAUGCAGAAUGGUGUUAAAGUUUAUAAUUCUAGAAGACCCAUCUCCUAACAAGUACUGUUUUAAGAACUGAGAAUUCUGAAUGAAGUAACAGCUUAUGUUACUUGUUGUUACCUCCUGGGGAAAGGAGUUGUCAACCAAUAUCAUACAAUGUUCUUGAGUUUAAGCAGCUAAGCUUCUUGAAUGAAUUCUGCUUUCUGUUCAGCUAAGUAGAAUGUGAGGGCAUUUGCCUCUUCUGAGAAACUACAGUGUCAGCAGCCUUUGCCCUCUCCUUCCCUUGUUUCCCCUUCUGUUUCCUUUCUGUCUGUAGUUAUGCCAGGAGUUGAACUACUUAUAUAUACUUCAGUUGUCUAUCAUAGAAUCAUAGAAAUAUCCAUAAACUGAAGUCUGACACUAAAAAUUAAAACAUCCUUGAUGAUAAUCGAUUCAAUUAUCAACAGCAAAACAGAAUGUUUAGCCUUUUGCCCAUUAGUCAGCAUUCCUAAAGAUUAAGAUUGCAUAUCGGUGUUGACAUGUUGAAUACUGCAGACCUUGACAAGCUCGUGAACAAAUUAUUCCUGUGACUGCACUUACCUUAAUUUUGGAAGGUGGUUCUUUUUAUGGUCAUGUCUGUUAAUAACAGUGGCAGAAACUGUUGGUACUUUAACACUUGCCAAGUUGCCUUUUACGUAUUGAGAAAAACCAAAUUGCAAUCAAGAGUGAAGGUAUGAGUGAACAGUUGGACAUCUUGUUAGGAGCUUCCUCUGAACUGCCAUUAGAAUAUACCAGAGGUAAAAUUAGUUUUACAGAAGCGUACCUUUGCUUUUUAAAGAGAACUUAAGAAACUUUGUAAUAGAAUUUUUCACCUUGCUGUGACAAAUAACUGCAUAUAGAAAAUGUGCCUUGAAAACUUAGGGUGGAAUAUUACUGUGUAAAGUAAUGAAAUAGGAUUUUUUUUUA